UUGAUUUUGGCCUUUCAGGGCUUCAAAGUAGAUCUGAUAAUUACAGACUAUUUCAUGCCUGGAAUGAAUGACUAUGAGUUGCUGAAAAAGAUUAAGGGUUCAUCUAAUUUUAAAGAAAUACCAGUUGUGAUCAUGUCAUCAGAAAACGUUAUGCCUCGAACUGAAAGAUGUCUUAAAGAAGGUGCUGAGGACUUCAUAGUGAAGCCCGUGAAAUUAUCCGAAGUAAGAUGGCUAAAAAACUACAUGGUUCGCGAAAUCGGCUCAAAUCAAAUUCAAGAGCCCGACAAAAGAAAACCGUAUAAUUCACUUUCGCCCGGCCCAUCUUCACCGUCCAUCUCGCCAAAAUCACGCUUGUCAUCCGCUCAUUUCCUGGCCCAAUUAAUCUAGGGUUUCUCGUGUACUCCAUUCGAUAUAUGAAAGCUUCUUUUGAUUUGUUACAAAAUUGAUACUCUCUCCUAUUUUUAAUAAGUGUUGUUUUGAGAAGUUGCAUAGUAAUUA